ACAAAGACUUCCGUUGCACAUUUGCAUUUGUAUUAUUUAAAUUUUCUUAUAUUGAUGUUGUUUGUCUCAUGUGGAAAGUCAUAUGAACGGACAUCUUCUUAUUGAAGUUAAGUAGCAGAUGAAAGAUAGUGAAAAAUUGUAGCAUUGAAAGGAUUCAAGCGCUAACUCUCCCAGCAAGAAAUGCGUUCAACAGUGCACGUAGGAUUUUUGGUUAUAGCUUUGAUAUACUUUACAAAUGUCGCAAUAAUACAGGGAAGUAACGAAAUCUCUUUAUACAAAGAUGGUGAUUAUAUUAUUAAAGUUUUGUUGGCACUAACAAACAGUGAAGGAAAUUUGUCUGAAUCAUACGUAAUAAUCACCGAAGUUAUACGGUAUAUUAUAAAUGGCAUUAACGCUAACAAUUCAACCUUAUCACAAAUAACGCUUGGCUAUGAUAUCGUAAAUGACAAGUCAAAUCUGAAUUUGAUCAUGAAAGAAGGCAUUGCUAUUGUUUCCAAGUAUCGUCACAACUCUAUUUGUAGAAAAAACGAGGAAUUCUGCAUGGCAACACCAAUGCUUGCUCCCAAUCUUCCUUCGCGUAUAGGUGCAGUCAUUGGUCCUGCGAGAUCAAGCAGUUCAGUACCUUCGGCAAGUUUGUUAGGCCUUUACAAUAUACCACAAAUAAGUUAUGCAGCUUCUUCAAGUAUACUUAGUGAUGAUUCACGAUUCAAGUCAUUUCUACGUACGAUUCCAUCAGACAAAUAUCAGUCAGAAGCCAUUGUUUCCUUUGUGAAGCACUUCGAUUGGACCUAUGUUGUAUUUAUCGCCUCGGAUGAUGAGUAUGGUAGACAAGGCUUGGCUUCAUUUAAAAUGGCCGCGCGAAAAAUGAAGGUUUGCACGGCUGAAGAUGUAAACAUACCAUUUCAAAGAGACAACGGAACGGAAGAUAUGAAAAGACAAAUCGCAGAUGUAGUGAGUAGAAUGAAGAAUCUUCCAAAAGUGCGUGUCGCUAUAUUGUUCAUGUUUGAAGAACAAGCAGCUCAGGUAUUACGAGAAGCAGAGGCGCAAGGACUGAAUAAUGUCACGUGGAUUUUUAGCGAUGCUAUUGGUCCAACGAUAGCCAACUAUAACAUCAGCAAAGAGCAGUUACACGGCGCUUUUGGCAUUGAUUUUGUUUCCGAAGUAAUUCCGAAGAUUGAGGAGCAUCUUUUGAACGUGACUGUUGAGAAAGCAUUCGUGAGUAAUCCAUGGUUAUUGAAACUCUUCGAAAAGAAGCUUAACUGUUCUACAAAAAAUGUAGUUGGUAAAAGACAAUGCAGAAUGAACGAGAAGUUUGAUCGUAAUUUCCUAAAAACUUCAGUACGAUGGAGUCGACUUAUCAAUGUGGUAAACAGCAUCUUAGCCAUAGAAAACGGACUUGAUAAUCUAUUGAAAUGCAAUGGCAAACUACCAGGAGGACAGUGCCCCAACACAAGUUUUCCAUUAAAUGCUGAGGAUGUGUACACAUAUAUACGAAAUGUUUCAUUUAAAGGUGCUUUAGGUAAGCAAGUGUCUUUUGAUGAACAUGGGGACUUGGAGACGAAAAACUAUACUUUUCGUAAUUUGCAAUGGAAUCGCCUUAAUGACACCAUAGAGUCUCGAACAGUUGCAGAAUGGUCAUCCCUUCAGCCAGAUAGUCCUAAAUUCAUUCAUGGCAAAAACGAUCUUGGUCUUACAUGGAACAAAGGUAAAGUCCCUUAUGCAACCUGCAGUAUUCCAUGUAAACCUGGAGAAAAACAGGUGGGUGAAAGUGAUUGUUGCUGGGCAUGUUAUCCUUGUCCUAAAGGUGAGGUAAGCAACGUUACAGGAGUAAACACAUGUCAUAAAUGUCCAUGGGGAUGGUAUGCUAACAAGGCUAAAACACAAUGUCUCAAGACUGAAGUGGACUAUAUUGACUCUGGUGAUGCAUUUGCAAUUGUUACUAUAUGCAUAGCAUCUAUUGCUAUUGUUGCCAUUUUAAUGGUUGUGGCAAAGUUUUAUUUCGUCAGGGACACUCCGUUGAUUCAAGACUCAAAUCCACUCCUCUUAGGUUGUUUGAUAACUGCGGUAAUCCUGGCUUUCAUGUAUUCUAUGUUUCAAGUUACAUUGUAUCGUACAGAUGCAUCAUGUCGAUUCUUGAGUGCAAUGCUUUUGGUGACACAGCUGCUAGCAGCAAGCACAUUAUUGGCUAAAACCAAGACAUGUGACCAGCAUCUCAGGAAGCUAGCUUCACAUUAUUUUGAGCCAGCCGCCCAGUUCUGCUCUAUAAUAUUUGUCGCAGCUGUGAUGCUGUUUGAGCUUUUUGUCAUUGGAAUUUGGUUCAUAACGGAUUCACCAGUGUUUGAAUUAACAGUAAGUUCGAUUGAGCUACACAUCCGAGAAUGCAGUUCGACCUGGGCAGCGGCAAGAUUUAUUGCCACUGGCUUCCCACUACUCAUACUAUUUCUUGCAACAGUUUUCUCGUUUAAAGAACGCGAUGAUCGUAAAAAUCACAGCGAAGCAAAGUAUAUAAGUUUUUGUACAAUUUCUCUGUGCAUACUGCUCAUUGCAUUCUUUCCUACACAUCGUUUCGCCCAAGGCCUUACACAGAGUAUUGUCAUAGCAACCACUUCUCUUGUGGGCGGAUUAGCGGUUAGCGUCUGCAUAAUUCUACCGAAGGUGUACAUUUUGCUUGUAAAACCUCACCGUAACGUACCUGAGGAAGAACAGGAACGCACUCGUAGUCAUAAUACCACAAGUUCGGCACACACAGCAAACGGAAGUCAACAUCGUUCUGUUUUCUCAGAGGGUGACGACAAGUUUCAACCGACCAAUGACAAUGAAAAGCGUGUUGUGAAAGACAUUACCCUUUCGUAAUGCGGUCAACAUCAUUUCUGAUAAUGCCUUGUUUUAGAAACAUUUUCUUAGAAAGUUAAUUUCGUGUAGUGAAAGUCAUUUAAACGUCAAAAUGUAGAGUUUACUUGUAAUUGAUGAUCAAUAAAAGUUAAGAAACAAUUGUUAA